GCUGUUGAAAAGCGACCGCACUGAAACGUUAUGCGGUAACAAAUUAUAAAUAAACAAUGUUGUUUUUAUUAAAAACUGCAAGUCGGCGGCCACAAAUACUUACAGCUUGCAAUUAUGGCUAUUUACGCCACAGCAGGUGGCAGGAACAACGCUUUGCGUCAACAGAAGCAGCGGCUGCAACAGCGGCAACACAAUUGGCCAAUGCCGGCGGUCUAGUGGGUUUUUGGCAAUCGCUGUCAAACAGCACACCUGUGGCCUAUAUGCAGGAUGCACUAAUCCAGAUACACGACUACACAGGAUUGCCCUGGUGGGCAUCUAUAGUAAUGUCCACGUUUAUGUUCAGGGCUGUGGUGACGCUGCCCUUGACGAUUUAUCAGCACAAAAUAACGGCGCGAAUAGAGAAAAUAGCGCUUGAAAUGCCGGCUAUAGUGGAGGAAUUAAAGCGCGAAGCAGCCAUGGCCAAGCAGAAAUUCAAAUGGACCGAUAAGCAAACAGCUGUUGUUUAUAGAAGAUCGAUCAAAAAACAAUGGCAAAAGCUCAUAGUGCGUGACAAUUGCCAUCCCUUGAAGACAGUCAUAGUGCUGUGGGGUCAAAUACCUUUAUGGAUUUGUCAAUCGGUAGCUUUGCGUAAUUUGGUUUACAUGCUGCCCGAUCCUACAACGCUGACGGCACAAAUAGUAGCUACGGAAAUGACCAUAGGCGGCUUUGGCUGGAUACCCAAUCUCACACAAGUGGAUAACUCUUACAUACUGCCUGUCGCGCUGGGACUCAUCAAUCUCUGCAUUGUGGAAGUGCAAAGCAUGACGCGCACGCGUCCUGCAACGCGCAUGCAAAGCAUUGCCAACAAUGUAUUUCGUGGUCUGAGCGUGCUAAUGGUGCCCAUAGCUUGCACAGUGCCAUCAGCCUUGUGCGUUUACUGGGUGGCUUCCAGCAGCUUUGGCUUGGCACAGAAUCUGUUAAUACUGUCGCCGGAGCUGAGACGUGCAGUGGGCAUACCACAAACAGCAACAGAGCUGCAGCAGCCAUAUGAACAGCUCUGGCUGAAAAUACAAAAGCGCGCCAGAUUAUUGGAAGAGGCGCCAGCUGAUAAGACGGCCAGCAAGUGAAGUCUGCUACUGCCUGUUAU